AUGGUCUGUACCAAAUGUCAGAAGAAGCUCAAAACAACUGAGCUCGCUACUCCAGGAGUCAAGCGCAAGAAUGAAAUGUACCUAGGCUCUCCAUCUGGCGCAUCUGCCGCGGCAGGAAAAGCUACUUUGGGAUCGACGGGUAUUGGCAAGAGCAAGUUGCUUGGUGCUAAGGCAAAGAAUCCUUUCGCUGCUUAUGCUUCAUCGUGCGAAACCUGCAAGACUAAGACGGAUAAGGGAAAGAAGUAUUGCCAGCGAUGCGCUUACCAGAAGAAUGCUUGUGCUAUGUGCGGUAAGAAUCUUACCAAGUCUACUAAGGAUCAACCCAUUGUCCAAGGACAGAAGUUCAACAUGGCGUGA